AUGACACAAUUCUCAAAGGAGACUUUAAGCGAGAAUACUCUCUGGGAGGUCGAUGAGAUGACAUCUGUACAGCAAUCUCUUCAUCGUGUAUUGAGUGCAUGUCCAGAGUCGAAUUGGACUGAGCGGAGGUUGAUUCCCUUUCUGCUGUGCAGCUUCACUAAACCAUUAUUGACAUCUGCCGCACUGGAACUAGUUACCACGACCGGCAAGCUCCUGCAACCGUGGCUUCUCAAGCAGUUUUUGAGUCAUCCAUCUUUUCGCGUCGUGGGGUACAUGCUCUGUGCUAGAGUCAUCACAGCACUUAGCAGUACACAUAGCUUGUUCUUACUAAACUUAGUCGGAGUUCGAGUGAAAUCCUCUUUCGCUGCCUUGAUCUGCGAGAAGGUCUUGUCUACAUCCGCCAAUCCCAAAUCGCCUACUUCUUCACCCACGAAUUUGACCGAAGUGGAUACAAACCGUAUUGUGGAACUCAUUACCAUGAUCCAUGCGCUUUGGGCGUAUCCAUUACAAGCUUUGAUAUCGCUGAGCUGCAUCACGUAUCUGAUCGGUUGGCAGGCCAUCGUGUUCUCCUCCCUUGUAAUGCUUUUUGCAUAUCCUAUUCUCCAUAUCCAGACGAGCCGAAUGCACGUUGGCAUGGGAAAUUUCAUGGCCGCCAAAGACAAGAGAAUCAGCCUGACAGAAGAGAUUCUUACGCAGAUCAAACCAGUAUACAUGCUCUCGUGGCAGAAAUAUCUUGCUGAUAAGCUUGAAGAAGCUCGUUCGCAGGAGCUCCACAUCCUUGGUGGCCUAGCCGGCAAUCAGGCCAUGCUGAUGGGGGUUCUCGGGGCAGUCCCUGAGCUAAUGUCGUCGGUUGCGUUUCUCUCAGUCUUUCUGAAAAGCGGUCAACUCGAUGCACAAUCUAUCUUUCCAACCUUGGGGUAUUGGAUUAUUCUCAAGGCUGCCCUCCCCGGUAUAUCGUCAAUGCUUCCGCAACUAUUCACAUGCAUAGUAUCAUUUGACCGCAUCCGGUCGUUCUUGGGUGUCAUCUCCUCUGAGGACUGCCCAGAUUCUACAGAGGUGCAUCAUGGGACCAUCCGCGCAGAUGACCUGUGUUUCGAGUUGGGUGGCCAGGGUCUACUGUCACAUAUCAAUCUCGAGGUCAGAUCGCCAGCACUUGUUACUGUGACGGGACCUGCUGGCUCUGGAAAGUCGCUCCUAUGUCAAGGCCUGCUGGGUUUCAUUGCGCCAGCGUCGGGGAAAUUGACUUUGUCUGGACGACUUGCUUAUGUUCCUCAAACCCCAUGGUUGGUCCGCGGUAGCAUUCGCGACAACAUUAUAUUCGGAAGGCAAUUUGAAUCGGACUUCUACAUGUCCGUGCUGCGGGCUUGCGCACUUGACAUUGACAUCUCCGAGAUGCAAGGUGGCGAUGACAAGCCCGUCGGCGGUUUGGGGGUGGCGCUGAGCGGGGGACAAAUGAGCCGUAUAUCCAUUGCUCGUGCACUUUAUUCUCGAGCCGCCGUCUAUAUCUUUGACGAUCCACUGGCAGCUCUCGAUGCCAAGGUCAAGGCUCAUAUCCUAGAACACGUCUUUAGCCCUCAAGGAAUGCUUGCCAAUGCUCUCUGUGUAGUUGUCACGAACCACUCAAGUUUGGUGCGUGCCUCCCACUACCAUUUCAACAUUGAGGAUGGCCGGUUUUGUGAGGUCAAGCCUGACCUCAUCGAUAUUUCUCUUGACAACACAGCAACGAGGUCAGACAUCAAAACGCACGACAGCAUUGUUGCCGAACCGCUGGCAGCAGAGGAUAUAGAUUCCGAAACCGUCAUGCCAGAGGACAGAAACUCGAUUCAGCAGGAGUAUCCCCCCAAGGAUAAAGGAAAAGUCUUGGAAGCCAAUACUACUCUGACCGUAUCCCAGUGGUCAAUCUACCGAAGCUGGCUUGGAAAAGCACAUCCAGCUGGCUGGUUUGCAGUCUUUGUCUUGAUCGUUGCGGGGAAGAUCAGCAGCGGAUACUCAACCUACCUACUCAGCGUGCUAGCAGGUGACACGGGGAGUGCGGCAUUGCAUGACCUCGCAUGGUUCACUGUCAUUGGUUUGUUGCAGUCACUCUUUAGUGCUGCUUUCCUAAUGGUGACAUAUCAUCUAUGCCUUAUCCCGGCUGCGACGAAGAUGCAUGCCGCCCUCGCUUGCUCAGUGCUGAAAAAGCCAUUGUCCUACUUUGCUACGAGGUCAAUCGGCAGUGUUUUGAACCUUUUCACAAACGAUAUAGGUAAACUCGACGGGACCAUCACCAGCAACUUCCUCGCCUUGCUGAUGGUUGGAUCAAAUCUCGGUCUUGUUAUUAUUGUCUUACUUAUACCCUCGCCGAUUGCACUUGCUUAUCUGAUGCCGCUGGGCUUUGUCUAUUUUGCGAUACAGGCUAGGUACCUGCAAGUGGCCUGUCAAAUUAGGCGUCUCGAGCUCGAAACGAGGAUCCCCAUAAUAGACAGCAUUCAUAUGUCGCAGUCCGGCCGCCAAAGCAUACUGCUUUAUGGGCAGCGCAACAGGUUUCUCGCCGACCACUAUAGCACUAUCAAUAACAAUGUUCGCAUGAUGGUAAUAUCCAGUGCGCUCGAAGGUUGGCUUCUUCUUCGACUAGACAUCAUCGGAAGCCUGGUCCAGGUCCUGUCAGCACUUUCAAUGCUAUGGUUAGGGCUUGAUUCGGCAAAACUUGGGUUUGUUAUGAACUACUCUAUGCAAGCUACGGCCAUGUUUCAGGCUCUUGUUAAAUACCGGACAAAUCUUGAGCUCGACAUUGUCUCGGUAGAACGUAUUGAACGUCAAUGGGAGCCCAACAUCGACACCAAGUCUGAUGAUCUAGCAGCGGAUCAGACUAUCUAUGACGCCUGGCCUAGGUACGGCGAAGUGUCUCUGAGAGGCUAUUCUGCAUCAUAUCCAAAUAUGGCGAAAGAUUGCUUGACAGACGUAUCUCUUGAAAUCUCUCCUGGGCAAAAGGUCGCGAUUGUUGGGAGAACAGGCUCUGGCAAAUCCUCCCUAGUUCUGGGAGUCAUGGGAUUCCUCGAGCAGAAAUCCGGUAUGAUACAGAUUGACGGCGUUGAUAUCACGGCAUUGGAAUCUACGCAGCUUAGGUCAAGACUUUCUGUUGUGCCUCAGGAUAUCCCCGUCUUGAAGGGUACUUUGCGAGCCAACUUAGACCCAUCUGGAACUAAGUCUGAUGACGAGCUUCUGGAAGUAAUUCAGGACUGUGGACUGCGAGUUGCAUCAUACAAUGAUGACGAUAUCUUGGAUAUUGCUAUAGCGGAAGGAGGAACCAAUCUAUCGAGAGGUCAACUUCAGCUACUUGCCAUUGCCCGCGCAUUGUUAAAAAGCAGUAAAAUUGUCAUUCUAGACGAAGCCACCGCUUCUCUUGACAGCAAGGCAGAGAACUACGUCCAUGACCUUUUCCAAAGCAAGCUUAAACACACUACAGUUAUUGCGAUUAUCCACCGCUUGGAACGAAUUACUUCUUAUGACCGCGUCAUUGUACUUGAUUCGGGGAGGGUGAUUGAGUUCGGCUCGCCUUUAGCCCUGGCACAAACUCAAGAUUCUGCGCUGUCCCAUUUAAUAAACGCCUCCUAG